CCUUGUGUAUUGUAUAGCAACAAUAUGAUAAAAGCUACUUUUCGCAAGCAGAUAAGUACCACGGACAAGCGUGAGUGCCCGGUAAAGUCCGGCUCGAUCGACUAUGAAUGGAACCACCCUGGCCUCCCAAGUAAAUGUACCUUCGCCCUGGACAAACCUGCCAGCGAUUCUCCUCACAGACAUAGAAAGAGAGCAAGCCCACCGAAGAUCUUGCCAACUGUGUUGCACAGAAUUGGAGAGACGCCUUUGGUGAAAAUCAACAGCAUAACGAAGAAGGAAGGACUAGAAUGUGAAAUACUUGCAAAAUGUGAAUUUUUCAACGCGGGUGGUAGCGUGAAGGACAGGAUUGCCCUGAGGAUGGUUGAAGAUGCUGAGGCCUCUGGUAGAAUCAAACCUGGCGACUGUCUCAUUGAGCCAACAUCGGGCAAUACAGGUAUUGGUCUUGCGUUGGCGGCCGCUGUGAAAGGCUACCGAUGUGUGAUCGUCAUGCCGGAGAAGAUGAGCAUGGAAAAGGUGAACCUGCUGCGUGCGCUUGGUGCCGAGAUCGUCCGAACGCCAACCAGUGCCUCGUUCGAUGCGCCAGAAUCGCAUAUAGGUGUCGCUCAUCGCUUACUGAAGGAGAUCAGUAACUCGCACAUUUUGGAUCAGUAUCGUAAUCCUGCCAAUCCCCUUGCUCAUUAUGAUGGAACUGCUGAAGAAAUCCUCGACUCCUGUGAUGGAAAAUUAGACAUGUUGGUAUCCGGUGCUGGUACUGGUGGGACAAUCUCUGGUAUCGCCAGGAAGAUUAAACAGAGGUGUCCAAGCUGCAAGAUAAUCGGAAUCGACCCUGAAGGCUCUAUCAUCGCUGAACCUGAGGAACUGAACAAGACUGAUGUGACUGGGUAUGAGGUGGAAGGGAUCGGAUACGAUUUUAUUCCAACUGUCACAGACAGAUCGGUCAUCGACAAAUGGUACAAGUCGCGUGACAAGCCAGGGUUCUUGAUGGCACGUCGCCUCAUCAAGGAGGAGGGUCUGCUCUGCGGGGGAAGCUCUGGUACUGCUAUGGACAUCGCUGUGAAAGCUGCCAAGGAGCACGGCUUGAAGGCGGGACAGCGCGUGGUGGUGAUUCUGCCAGACUCUAUCAGAAACUACAUGAGUAAGUUCCUGUCAGAUGACUGGAUGUUGGAGAAAGGAUUCAUUGAGGAGGAGGACAUAACAAAACAGUGGUGGUGGGACCUAAAAGUUGGAUCACUAGAGCUGAGUACCCCGGUCACUGUGAGCCCCAGUGUAUCGAUACAGGACACACUCAACUUGCUCAGCCAGGAGGGUUAUGACCAGGUCCCCGUAGUGGAUGACCUAGGCGUUGUCCUCGGCAUGGCGACUGUUGGACACAUGAUGGCACUGAUCACAAAAAGUAAAGUGAGAGUACAGGACCCCGUCUCAUCUGCGAUCUUCAAACAGUUCAAACAGGUUCACCUGACCACGACUUCUUUAUACCAGCUUUCCCGAUUACUGGAUUGUGACCAUUUUGUCUUGGUCAUGCAUGACCAAAAACUAUUAUCUGGUGACGGCACAGUCAAGAAGAAGGAGAUGGUUUUUGGCAUUGCGACAAGAAUCGAUCUGAUCAACUUCAUCACGAAUAAUCGCCCCAUUGAGACAAGCAACGUACCACAGUAGACAAAUUAAAUAGGGGUCCAUUCAGAUACAAUGUAUUUUUGCUCUCACUCGCAGGUUAUUUUUCUAGACCUGGAAGAAGGGGAGCUUUUAUUUUUGUCAUUAAAGUCUUGAAUAGGUUCUGAAAACCCCAGAGGUUAAAAAUUCUGACUUGAAUUUCUUUGUAUUUCUAGUGGCCUGUUUACUUCUCUUGUCUGAGUGACAUAAAGUUUGCGAGGUUAUGACCCACUUAAGUUUCUACUUUCGGCAGAAAUUUAUUUAUAGUAAUAAGUUUUUGGGCAUUUUGACUUGACAUUUCCACAGGCAACUGGAGUUAAUACCAUGACAUGUGAGAAAUAAAGAUGAAAUUAUGCAAAUAGUCCGCAAUUUUUCUUGUCAUCUAAUGUCCAUAGUAUUUUGAUUAUUACUUGAUGUGAAAAAUAACUUCUAUGUCUUAGUAAACCACUGUUACCUGUGGGAAAUGUCAAAUCAAAAUGUCCAAAAAUUGUAAUUGAUCAAUCCUAAUUGCUUAUUAGACACUUAGUUUUCAACAUUUUAAAGGCCUACGCCGUUCUUUAAGAAUUUGAAAUUUGUAAUUGAAUUUGAAAAUUUCUAAUUGUGUAAAUACAGUAGUACAGGACACUAGUUUUGGUCUCAAAUUGGUUGUUUCCAUUCAAUUUGACCUCUCUAAUCAGGACACCUCUCUAUUGAGGACAGUACAUGUUAGACCUGAGGGUGUCCGUAAUAGCGGUUCUACUGUAGGUACUGGAUAUGACUUUUAAUCUUGCCCUUGUGUAGACCGAUAAGCAAACAUGUAGAUACCAAUUUUUUAAACAGCAUUUCUAUUUUCCUGGACCACCAGUAAUUACAAACGGCAUACCCCUUUAACAUCAGGGGUUCUGGAAGUGAGUCUGUUAUGCCGGUGAACACGCAUUGUUGUCAUAGUUUGCACUGAAUGUGUCUUGAAAAAGAUUUGAAAACUAUUUGGCGAAGGGUUUCCUACAGUCCUGGGAAAACAUUUAAGGAGCAUGUAACUGGAUCAGCCUCGUAUCAUUCACAAUGACUGGUAUGAGCAGGUCAUCUAUCGUUCUCAAUUCAUAUGGAUGUGGUACAUGUGGCUUAUCUCAACCUCUCUCGCUGUGGCAGCCAUUUAUUGGCCGGUGCAGCCUAGUGGUGGUGACAGCUGAUGACAAUAGAACUAACUGAAUGGUCGAAACUAUUCAAAAGUGUCACCAUAUAUACCUGCACAAUAUGGGACCAUGUACAUGACGUGCUAUGAACGUCACCUGCACAACAUAGGACCAUGUACAUGACGUGCUAUGAA